AUGGUGAAAAGGAGAUUAGCAGAACAGCCCACAAACUUCCACAGCUUGGCGAGGGAUGUAGAGGUCAAAAUGGCUGCUUGGAAAGAUGAUUCCAGUUGCUUGGCUGGGGAGAGAAGAGUGGAUUUUAAUGAAACAGAGAGCCACCAAGGUAGGAAAAUGGUUUUGUUGGAGAAAACGAAUUGCCUACAUCAAGAAGAGCAUGCUGGGAGCAGGGACGGAGGAAUGGGGCAGCAGACGGCAGGGGGACCUCUUUGGAAGUUCCUUACAGGGAAACACGUUUUUGUUAAGAAGAAUGCUUUAGAGGAGAAGGAUAGUGCGUUCACUGAAGUGAGACGGACAAAAGAGAAGCUGAAACCUGAGGACGUCGAUGAGGUGCAACAGAGAGGCGGAGCAGCUCACUCUGGCAAAGGGCAGACCCCAAACCGUCCUGGGCCGAGUUCCCCAGGAAGUGCGUUUUCUUUGGUGUGGCCCACCAGAACGGCAGGGGAGCCAAAGAGCGCUUUCAGAAAGCCAGCCAAGUGCCUGCUGGACAGGAAAGCUGUGACAGCUCCUCGUGACGAAAGCGAUCUGGUAAAAGGCCCGGGGAAGCUGUCGGGUUGCAUCAACGUUGCUGAUGUCAUGUGCUACAGCAGCCUUUUGACUUCCAAGGUCUUUGUCAGCGACUUAAGUGGCUCUCACUUGCUGCAGAGCGGCCCUUUCCCGUGUCCCUCAGGACUGUGGCCCCGACUAAAUGGAGGACAGGUCUUGACCGUGCCCGCCUCGGGCUCCCGCUCUUCUUCUUUGGCUCUCUUGCCACCCACCUUCGCCUCCUUUGGGCUGGCAGCCCAGAACUGGUGUGCCAAAUGCAACCUCUCCUUCCGCAUGACGUCUGACCUUGUGUUCCAUAUGCGCUCCCAUCACAAAAAGGAGGGCGCAUCUCUUGAGACUCAGAGCAAACGGAGGCGGGAAGAAAACCUGACCUGCCCAGUCUGCCAGGAGUAUUUCCGGGAACGGCAUCAUUUAUCUCGCCACAUGACUUCCCACAAUUAGUUCCGGAGGGGUAGCUGGGUCAAGUCAAUUCUAGCAAACUGCAACAGAUGACGAGCGCCUUAAAGACGAACAACAUUUAUUCCAGCAUGAAUUUUCAUGGGUCAGAGCUCGCUUCUACGGAGGCGAUGAAGAGAAAGGAUUGUCCACAUUUAUUUAAGGAAAAUUGAAGAAGAGGAGGGGGGAAAGGGAAGGGGC